UAGGAGGAAUACAUGGCAUCCAGAGGAGCUUGGAGGGUUAGAUGUGCCCGUCUGUUCAGCCGUCUAGGGAGGGAGUCCCCCGAAUGAUCUGUUCCCAAGAGGAGGAUGAAACUGCUCUGCUGCCAGCGAGCUGAGAAUGGAGAUACGUUGUGGGGGCCUCUUGUUCAGCUCCAAGUUUGACUCUGGGAAUCUGGCGCAUGUGGAGAAGGUGGAACACCACGAAUCUGAUGGGGACCACCCUGGAAAUGGCAGUGGCAGUGCCUCCGCAGCCUCCAUGGUCUUUGGUGCCUCCCUCCCCGUGGCUGACUAUGAAUUCAGUGUGUGGACCAAGCCGGACUGCGGAGACACGGAAUAUGAGAAUGGGAACAGAUCCUGGUUUUACUUCAGUGUGCGGGGCGGCGCACCUGGCAAGCUGAUCAAGAUUCACAUUGUGAACAUGAACAAACAGACUAAGCUGUACUCGCAAGGGAUGACGCCCCUGGUCAGAACCGUGCCCGCCAGGCCCCGCUGGGAGCGCAUCCGUGAGCGACCGGUCUUUGAGAUGGUGGAGACCCAGUUUGUCCUGUCCUUCGUGCACCGCUUCUUGGACUGCCGAGGUGCCACCACCUACUUUGCCUUCUGCUACCCCUUCUCCUACACCGAGUGCCAGGACAUGCUGGCCCAGCUGGAUGCUCGCUUUGCCGAGCACAGACUCUUCCCUUCCAGCAGCAGCACAAUUAGUCGGAGGGCAGGCGCAGACUCUAAAAAGGCAGAGGGGAAGCCUCGACCCACCAUCCACAGAACAAGAAAGUGCCCUAGAGGAGGACGCCCAAAAGGGAGAAAGGAGGAGCCCCAUCCCAGGGGUGCACUCUCUCUGGAUGCCAUCUAUUACCAUCGGGAGCUCCUAUGCUACUCUCUGGACAAGCUCAGAGUGGACCUGCUGACCAUCACAUCACACCACGGCAUACAGGAGGAGCGGGAGACUCGUCUGGAGAAGCUUUUCCCUGAGAAGGACACUCCACGGCCACACUGCUUUGUGGGGAAGAGGGUGUUCUUUCUCAGCAGCAGAGUGCAUCCUGGGGAAACACCCGCAAGCUUUGUCUUCAAUGGAUUCCUGGAAUUCAUUCUGCGGGAGGAUGACCCUCGGGCCCAGAUGCUGCGCCGCAUGUUUGUCUUCAAGCUCAUUCCAAUGCUGAACCCAGAUGGGGUGGUACGAGGCCACUACCGGACAGAUGCUCGUGGAGUCAACCUGAAUCGCCAGUAUCUGAACCCGGAUGCAGAGCUGCACCCCUCUGUCUAUGGGGCCAAGGCCAUCCUGAUGUACCACCACAUCCACAGCCGUGUCCAGCCAGGAUCUCCUGACUGGAGGACGUGCCCUGGCCCCCUAACCGUGAAGGCUGCAAACCAGCGCUCUGUGCUCAGUGGACCUUCUGGAGAGGAGGCCCCGCUCUCGGAGCUGGAGAAAGCUGGUAACCUCCGCAAUUCCACCACAGAGGAUAGAAUCCCCUCCCCUCCAGACCCAAGGCCCUCGGAGGUCCCAGGAGAGAAAGGCCAGGACACCUGGAUCCUCUCUAGGGAGCCGCCCGCCCAGCGUGGGGAGGACAGAGCCCACAGCCCUCCGGCACCAGAGAGCAUCCCACCGCAGCAGAGCGGCCUGGCCUACUAUGUCGACUUGCACGGCCAUGCCUCCAAGCGGGGCUGCUUCAUGUAUGGGAACAACAUAGCGGACGAGAACCACCAGGUGGAAAACAUGCUCUUCCCAAAGCUCAUUUCCUUGAACUCGGCUCACUUUGAUUUCACGGGCUGCAACUUCUCCGAGAAGAACAUGUACGCCAAAGACAAGCGGGACGGGCAGUCCAAGGAGGGCAGUGGGCGCGUGGCCAUCUACAAGGCCUUGGGCAUUAUUCACAGCUAUACCCUGGAAAGCAACUACAACACCGGGCGGUCCGUCAAUGUCAUUCCCGCGGCCUGUCAUGAUAACGGGCGGGCGACCCCUCCGCCCCUCCCAGCGUUCCCUUCCAAAUACACAGUGGAGCUCUUUGAGCAGGUUGGAAGGGCCUUGGCUGUCGCUGCUCUGGACAUGGCAGAAUGCAACCCCUGGCCACGGAUUAUCCUUUCUGAACACAGUUGCCUUAGCAAUCUGCGUGCCUGGAUGCUAAAGCAUGUGCGCAGCAUGAGGGGUGUGGCAGGCUGCUCUCGAAGGAAGGGGACCAAGACUCCGCCCAAGGGGGGCAACGGGGUCUCUGCCUCCACCUCUGAGAACUCUCUUUGCCGGACCAGGAGCUUCAGCCAGGGGGGUGGCAGCAGCGGUCAGCAGGCAGCCCUGCCGGUCAAGGCCUCGCCCAGCUUCACCUUCAGCUGCUCCCACCCCACCUCCCCCCUGGGCGGCCUGGGCCACAGCCCUCCAAAGGGGGCCUCGCGGGUGCUGGCCCUGGUGCGAGAGACUCACGCCCAGGAGAAGCGGCGCCACCCACACCAGACCCUGCUGCGGGCAGCAAUGAACAGCAUCCCGGUGCCCUCAGCACCACUCCCCUCCUCUGCCCGGACAGCUGCUGGCCUCCAGCUGCCUCCCAGCCUGGGCACCUGUGCCCUCCCAGCCACCCUCCAUGGGACAGGAUCCAGCUGCAGCAGCCUACUUGCCAAGGGGACCACGGCAACCGCCGUUGUUGGCCACGGACUGCAGAACAUGGAGCACUCCCUUGAGGAACUAAAACCACCAUCCUGUGGCUUAGCCCUGCUGCAGAAUUUUUCAAGGCGGCUGAAAAGUGAGAAGCUACCAGAAACACCCAGCCUGGAGAUACUGAUGCCUCGGCCCAGCCGGAUCCCCAUCCGCCGGAAGCCAGCCGGGCAGGCGCAGCACUUGCUCAGACUCCACAGCAGCACCAGCAGCGACCGCUUGGGCCUCCACGUGUGGAAGUGCGCCGCCGUCGCCGCUGCCACUGCUGCCUCCCAGCUGCCUGCACAGAGCUCGCUGCCAGAGUUCCCGCUGGACGUGCCAGAGCUCAGGGCAGCCGGGCAGAGGGAAGAGCCGCUUUUUCUGUGCAACCCUUCCAAGGUCUUGCUGGACGAGCACCUGGCCAGCCGAGCCCCGUCCCCCCAGCUCACCUACCACAAGAUCCUCUCCUUCUGCACCGAGGCCUGACUCGCCGCGGGGGAGAGGGAGGAAGAGGAGGCGG